UCACAAAAGCCCAGCCAGACAGUCCAACUGCCUGAAAAAGAAAUCCACAUAAAUAUAAUUUAUUUCGUAUGGAAUUCCUGAAUAUUUAUCAUACAUGUGUUUUAAUGCGCUAGUAAUUAUUACUUUUGAAUACAAACCCAAUGACGUCACCCAACGAACUAUUUAAUUAAGCCCCGUCAGGCUAAAGUGUAAACGGCUGUAGUGCCUGUUAUAAUUAUACACACUGCACUCUUAACGUUAGAAGUCGUCGAAAAUAAUCACAAUUCAGCUUCAAUUGUACUUUACGGACACGGUGACGGUAUGAAUCAGCAAGUAGCUGAGGGACAGCCACAGAAAAAUGAUGUGGCUCAGCAUUGUGAGGCAAGUGUCGAUCCAUUUUCACCGGUCACUGAAGCCUUCAGAGUUUUCCAGAUGGAGCUUGACACCAAGCACGACAAAUACGAGCGUCUUGUUAAGCUCAGUCGAGAUGUCACCAUUGAAAGCAAGAGGACAAUUUUUCUUUUACACAGAGUGACAAGUGUUCCAGAUGCAGAGGCCAUUUUGAAUGAGGCAGAUGGGAAACUGGAUGGAGUGAGGCAGAAAAUUGGUCAGAUUGCCGAAGAGCUUAAAGGAGAGGACAUCUAUCAGUUUCACAGAGCAUUCACUGCAGGAAUCCAGGAGUAUGUGGAGGCCGCAUCCUUUCAGCACUACAUCCGUCAUCGCAGCCUCAUCAGUCUGGAGGAAAUCAACGCUAGGCUGUUGUUCAUGAUGGGAGACAAGGGCUCUGCUGACACACUGUCAUCGGAACCUCAGGUCCUGACUUUCCAGGUGAUGCCCGCAGACUACCUGCUGGGUGUGGCCGACCUGACAGGUGAGCUGAUGCGCCUGUGCAUUAGCAGCGUGGGCAACGGUGACAUCGACACGCCCUUCCAGCUGAGCCAGUUCCUGCGUCAGAUCCAUGACGGUUUCUCCUAUAUUGGAAACACGGGCCCUUACGAGGUGUCCAAGAAGCUGCACACACUGCGUCAGAGUCUGGGCAAAGUGGAGGACGCGUGCUACACCCUGCGAGUUCGUGGUUCUGAGAUCCCUAAACAUAUGCUGGCAGAUGUCUUCUCCAGCCGGAACACUCACAUGGACCCAGAAGAAGCUGUGGUCUAAUUCUUUUACAACCUUUCCUCUUAUUUAGCUCUUGUAAAAGUUUUAACUUCUAAAUGGGCUCUAUGUUUAGCAACAGGGUUUACUUUUUCAUACGACAAUAAAAUAUUGUUACAAAUACAAUAAUAAUGUAUUAUUUUCUAUGUAGAUUUGACUACUGCAGUCGUUUUAUACGGAUAAAGGUUUUGCGGCAUGUAGGCCAUGCUUUGCAAGACUUAAGGUCUAUUUGAUAACGUGUUUAUUUUAUUUCGCUCUUCAGCCCUCCCCUUCCACUAUCACACACAGAUAAUCUAAGGUAGAGCAUGUGACCUUUGUUCAGGCCUAUUCGCUGGCAGCCACCUGAUAUACACGUGCGCACAUACAUAACGUCAAGCAACCCCUGUAUUCUUGGCAUAGGAUAUGUUUGAUAUGUUUGGAGUUUUCUCUUGUAUGCAUUCGUCUGAGAACUUGCAGACCUUAAGGAAGAGCUGGGUAUAAAUUAAGGUUCGUGUGUUGAUUGAUAGUUUGGUCUUUAUCCAGUUGUGCAUGUUUUCCCUUCCAUUCAGAUGGGCGUGUAUUCCGGAGUGUGAAUAAAGUCUGCCAUCUGCUGUUAGGUAUCAGUA